AAGAAAAAAAAGCAUCACGUGCCCGCCUCUUCCUUCAGGCUGUGCGAGGAAGCUGCUGAGGAACAAAACUGAGCGGUGAGUGGGCAACCGCUGUGUGUUUGUAGGCGCGCUUACGCGGAAGCAGGCCAUUUGUUCAGCACCAGUACUGCUGUGGAAAUACAACUUUAUUUGGAGGAUGACAGUGGAUUUGCAUAUUUAUACAAGUUAAAGUUGAGAUCACUGUGGACACCCUGUGGUGAAAAUAGGCAUGAACAGUCAGGUACUGAAAAAGAUGGAGUUUAAAAUUGAAGAUACAUGGAACAGCUUACCAGUGAGUCAUGAUCCAGUAACAAUCAAGUUGACAGGUGAAGAUGCUGGAAUGAUGAUAGAAGUGUGUGCUCCAUUUUUUAACGACCCUCCAGCUCCUCCUGGUGCCCCUGGAAAACCAUUCAAUGGACUGUGGGACUAUGAGGUUGUAGAAGCUUUCUUCUUGAAUCACCAAACUGAGCAGUACUUAGAAGUGGAGUUUUGUCCGCAUGGGCAGUAUCUGGUGUUGCUGCUUUCUGGGAGACGGAAAGUGUGCAAACAAGAACUUCCUUUAAUGUUUGAAGUGUCGAGAACGUGUGCCAAAUGGAAUGGAAAAGCUCAUCUUCCUUGGAGUUAUUUUCCACCAGCUACUGACAAAUUUAAUGCAUUUGCAAUUCAUGGGUCAGGAGUUAACAGAACAUAUGAAGCCCUCUACCCUGUACCUCAACAUGACAUUGUGGCAAAACAGAAACCUGAUUUCCAUCGCCUAGAAUAUUUUAAAUGCCUGAACCUGAAACUGUUAAUGGGAGAAGAUUGGAAGCAACCAGAAUCAGACUUGUGGGCAUCAUGUAAAUGCAACUAAAUAAAAAAGACAAAAGGUCACUUGAGUAUUGCUCUUUUAUUGGUUCUGUUUCUCUCAUUCCCUCACAGAUUGUCUCUGUAGUAAAGUAUUUCAUGUUCUGGGGGUCUUAAGUACCCAACCGCUUCAAAGAUUACCUGACUGGAAUGCAAAAGAUGGAAGGAUACCAAGAAAAGAAAAGAGAUGAGAUGAGAAGAAUCCUUCCAAUCUGAAUGCAUUUUGUCCUCUCCUCCCUUCUUGCGAAUUUCUUCCUAAGUCAAUUAUAGAUGCUGUCUGAUAGCUGACAUUACUUCUGCAGUAAAGAAAAUGGGAACUUUCCCCCCUGAAGCCACACAUGUGUAUCCCAAUGGAUAAGAAGUUGCGAUGUAAUCAAGCUGUUUUCAAACAAAAUCCAUGAUUGAUGCUGCUUUCAAGAAUGAAUUGAGAAACUAAGCCAAUCGCACUCUGCUAUACCUGCUAGAUCAUAAUUGGACUUUAAACAUUUCACUUUUCCCAACACAAGCAUGUGCUUAUUUUAUUUACAGUGACCUCCAUUGAGAUAGCUGCAAAAUUAUUUUGUUGCUCUGUUUGCCACCUGCAUUUUUUCCAAUGCCCCUGUGAUAAAUGGACACUUUUUGGGGUGUUGACAACUUGCCUUCAUGGAAAAUCUGUGGAACUGUCCACUUGGCAUGAGCAGACAAACAUUUUAAUUCCACUAAAAAUAUGUUCUAUUUAACCAGAAAUGGGUAUUGUCUCAAUGUAUUUAAUCUUUAAUUAUUGAUUAAUGUGGGAUAAAAGUAAAUGGCAUAUCUGUUCACUGAAUAUAUCAAGCAGGUUUUCAUUUCUCACACCAAACUGAUUAUGACUUAAGUAUAAAGGAAUAAUGAAUAGAACAAUAUUGAUCCAGGUGCUUUUUAUCAUCUUUUCCCAUUAUACAUAAAAUUAAAAUGAAAGUAGCUAGACGCUCCCUUUCGAUGGAAGAAAAUUAUUGUUUUUUCAUCCAAGGCAAUGUAAUAUAAUCUGAACUGCAAGUUAUUACAGAAGACAUUCGAUUAAAUACAGAAAAAACUCUGGGCGUGAUAUGUAUGUAUAUUAUGCUGGCUAAAAUGUUACACCUACCUUGAUCAACACAGAUCUGUUCCUGUUUUAUGUGUGUCUUUUGAAAGUAUGUUCUGGGUGGUAUUCAGCUAAGUUUUGCUCAGAAGAAAUUGAAAUUAAUAGGACCUAACAAACAUUUUCAUUCAUUUCACUGGGUGUAUUCUGAGUAAAACGUAGCAGAAUAUUGUUUGAUGUCUGGUUGAUGAGCUGAAUCAGGCUCCAGGAAAACAACUGCUACACAGGUAGCACUCAAAGUAAAGUGUGUAGCAGUUGCACUAUGGCAUACAAACACAACCCCACUCCCCCAUUGCUGUGGAAGGUACAGUUGCUAGCAGGCAAGUCAUUGCAUCUGUGCAUGCUGCUAAACUAAGUGAAAGGCUAUUAUGCUAUCAAAGAAGACAAGAGGCUAUGGCAGUAAUGACUCCACACUUAUUAAAAUACAAGGAGUGAACCUUGCUUUAACUAUCACAAAUUGAGACAAGGCCACAAAUAAAUAGCACAACUACCACAGCAUAUCGGAGGACACUUCAUGCUUGUAUUACCCCUUGCAGGGGUGUAUCAACUCUAGGUAGAAAGAAUAGGAUUUUCCUAAUGCAUGAAAGGACAGGUGCUAAGAUUAAGGUUACUAGUGAUAACUCACAAAUAUCUUUGGAACUGGAGUUUCUGCAGUCUAAAAUCUGUUAAAGGCAGCUAUGCAAACAAGGCUAUCAUAACAAGAGAUCAAAAUAAGAUUCGGAAUGUGUUUGAAAGCAUACAGUGCCUAACAGAAUAUUGCAGAAUCAAUAAAUGAUGUGAUGCUAAUAACAUAAGCACACGGUAGUUAAUAAGGAAGGAUAAUGCAGGAAGAGUAUGGUGCAGUUGGGUACAAAGGAACCAUUUUAUACAUUGGUUUGACAUCUGCUGUAGACUGGUGUUUUGGGUUAUAUGCUUGAUCUAAAAAUGGUUUGGGGGAAUUGCAUGAAAAUGUCAACCUACAAACCCAUUUGCCAUUUUUACUUAUAUAGUAGUUAACAUGUUCUGUAUCAUUUUAAAUAUAUAUUCCAAAGUUUCAUAAUCUGGCAAUUUUUUCAAGAUGGCAUUUUAUACGUGAGCAAGCAACCAGCAGCAUGACAUUCAAGGUGACUUGGAAUUUCUCUUUUCCUAAUCUUCGGUUAAAGACCUCUCCAAGAAAAUAGACAGUAGGUUAAUGACCCUUCAUUGUAUUGAAAAGUUGGCUUUCUCAUUUAAUAAAAUGAGAAGAAACACAGGGGAUGAUGUCUAUAUGGGAAAUGUGAUUAUUCUGAAAGAAAGCAGAAACAGUCACUGAAGUAGUGCUGUCAGUUGGCAACUUUGUUAUUGUUGAAUUUGAGACACGGAGAUUGAAAAGAAAAGUUGUGGACCAGGUAGUGAUGUAAAGUCAGUUUUUCUCUCAGCUUCUUAUUUUUCCAAUCUUAAAUUGCUCCAGCAGUUUGCAAAUUCUAAAAUCUUCAUGAAAUUCACCAGAAUCUUACUGUGACUUUCUCCUAAUAAACACAAUGGGUUGAAAAGAAACAAAUCAUUAGGGUAUUGACUGAGCCAAGUCAAAAUUCCUUUGGGCAUUGCAACUUCUCAAAUGGAUUUGGUGCACACUUGCAAUUUGUGAAUGCAAAGUAAAGUGUCAUACACACAGUGUCUUUGUCUGAAAGCAUUUAUUUUUAUGUGUUUGUCACUGAAUUUUAUGUGUUAUGUUGGUCACAGGUCAUAUGCUGGAAAACUUUAUCACAGUUGCCAGUAACUGUGUAUAUUGCUUACUAAUUGAUUUUUUUUAUUCAUAAUUUUAGAGAAUAUAAUUGUUUUAAGGUCCAGAUAAAUUCUUGUGGUUGUAAAACUGUUGUGUUAGUCACAACUUUUAAAAUACAAUAAAAAGAAAUCAUUUAAACAA